UCUUUGCCUGAUGUCUGUGAGCACCAGCCGAAUUCCAGCCGAUGCUCGAGCAGCGUCCAGAAGCAGAGGAAGAACAAACGCACUGGGACCACUCUGCAGUGGGUGAGAAAUUUCCCAAAGGGACUCUGGCUGAGAAAGGCUGGGUCUUCCCAAAGAAUAUUAGGAGCAGCGCAAGCUGCAGAUACCUGCUCAGCGGAACAAGCUUUUCAUCAUGGAAAGGAAGCUUGUAAAGAAGGAAAUAAAAAAGCUCCUGGGAGAUUAUAUUGGCAUCAGACUCCGAGAAAAUGAAUUUGACCCAAAAGGAAGAAGGCAACUCACCUUUCUAGAUGAUAUGGCACACUAUGACCUGACCAUCAGUGUUGCUUUGCAAUGGCUGGAUCACUCAGAAGACUUCUGUUGGCUGAAGGAAGAGGAAGUGAAAAUGCCAUUAAAUGGUAGAUCCAGAUAUCCAAGCCGUAGAGAACGAGAAGCCAUGAUUUUAUCAUCUUAUGCUGGAAUCUUAAUGAACAGUACCCCUAUUGAGGAAGUCUUCAGACUUUAUGGGGCUGAUUCUUCUGCUCACUCUGGUACAACCAAGGUUCCCCGAGCUCCAUCUCUCCACCUCUCCUUGCACCCUUUUGCCAUGUUAACAGCGCCCAAAGCAGCAGAAUAUGCCCGCAAACAGAGUAUCAAGUUAAGAAGGGCAACAAAUAGAAAUGCCACCAAGUGCUCCACAAAGGAAGUAAAUGCCACAGAAUGGAAACCACCAAAGAUCCUUUCAGAUGCACAGCCAAAGAACAAAGUCACUUAAACUCUUGGAAUUGUACCGUGGAACUUCAUAAUGGAAGACAAUAAUGGGAGAAGACAAGAAAGAUCAUCUUGAAGCUGCAGCUCUUGCCAGCACAGUUAUCUUUACAGUUCGCUUUGGAUGCACUGAAGUGUUAUUUUUGUUGUUGCCCUUUCUUCUCUUAGAAGCAUAUUGCAUGGCAGCAUUUCGUUAAAAGAAAAAAAAUGUAUCUUUCUUAUGCUACUGCAUCAUGACUGGAAGACUACUGGAGAAUUCAGAAUAUAUUGCAUUUCUCUGUCACAGCAGACUGGCUUUGUAGCUAUUUUACAAAAGUAUAGCAUUGAAUUUUGCACAGUGGUAGAGUAAGUGGCAGUUUGCCAAGGUUUUAAUCCAAAAUAAAAUAAACCUGUCACUGGUGGCCUUUACUGUAUUCUCAUAUGAUAAAAUUUAAAAUCAUUUCAAUAAAGCAUUAAAAGAAAA